AUGUGGGCAGUUCUGCGAGCUCGUGCUUAUUCCUCGCGCUAUGCAUCAAAUCCCCAGCCCCUUCUUCAACCAUGGAAGCUAGGGUUUUCCUCUCUAUCCACUACCGUUAACACUGACGGUGGCGUCACUAAAUGCUUCUUAGAUCUGCAAGAGAUCGAGAAGAUUCUGACGGACGUUCAAGCUGACGACGUCAAGAUAAUUCCAGUUCCCAAACACAGCGAGUGGGCGGAUUUCAUGGUUCUCGCCACUGGUAAAUCCCCAUGGCACGUCAGGAACAUCGCUCAAGCCCUAAUUUACAAGGCUAAGCAGAAGCAGAUAGGCGCUCAGCAAAUGAUGCUGCCUAGUGUGCAAGGGCAAGAGGAUGGAAAAUGGAUUGUUAUUGACUCUGGUAAAGUGAUAGUUCAUGCACUUGAUGAAAAUGCUAGAGCAUACUACAAUUUGGAGGGUCUUUGGACACGCGGGACAUUACAAAAUGAACCUGUUGAGGAUUUACAAAACGUUUUGGUGAAGGUUCGUAGGAAAAACAAUUCCAAGAAACCUGCUCAAAAGAAUCCCUAA